GACAGAGAAGAGUGCUGUAAGCACUCGAUGUUUCUUUUCGCGGAGAUCUACGGUCCCCAUAAGGAUGCCUAAUGAGAACGUGUGUGCCUGUGGCGUAGUCGUGGGUUUGCCGAAAUGCCAGGGAAAGCUGGCCAUCCUUCUGCCCAAGACGAAGGGCAACAAGUCAGAGGGCAAGAGCUCGCGGAAACAACUCGAAGAAGGGCAAGUACCGAAGACUCGAACGUCGAAUGAGACCGGAAGCAGCAGCAUGGUGACUGAAUCCGUGAGAUCCACGAUGAAGAGCAGCAAGCACGAGAAGCGGCUCACUCACUCGAGGAGGACUCGAAGCGCCGACAGAGCCGAAUCACAUUAUACUUAUAUUGAUUCGGGCUCGAGUAUCCUCGGCGGUGGGAUUCGUGAAAAUACUAUACCGGAAGCGCUGUACGCCACCAUACCAGAUACGCCAAAUGCGAGCGUCAACGAAAGUGGGACGAGUCGGCCAAAUUCACAGAGCAGAUCGCAACCUGUUUAUUCCGCAAUUCCGUCUAUGACGUCGCCACCACCGACAUACGACGUUGCAAUUGCAAAAACGUGGCAGAACGGUCUGCCACCGACGUACGAGGAGUAUCUUUAUCACAAGAACGCGAUGACAUCACGCUCACAUACUCCUCCGCCACCGUGGUCCGACUCGACGACGACGUCUAAUCAAGCUUCGAGUAUCUCACGACGUGAGCUCUUGGCCAGCCAACCUGAGCUUCGCGAGUAUUUGACGCAGCUGGCGCUAAGCGAUCGUGGUUUACAGUAUCAACAUCAACAGCAACGACAACAAUCUAGAGACGAUGGCUACUCACAAUCAGUCCCGAGGGUACAGGUCAGAGUGCAGAGACGUGCGCGGGCAAUGCCUCUCAGAUCACAGAGCGAAAGUCGAGCGCAACAACAACGAAUUGCGGCAAUGUAUACGGAUGCUGCAUUUUGCAUGGAAACCACGGUAUUACAGUCGGCAUUCGAUUCUGGACCAGGAUUUGCUCUCUGCAGCCUGAUGUAA